AACAAUCCUGUCUGUCUUUUCCAAAAUUAGCCUGUGUGUGUGGAACUGGUGAGUGAGGCCAGGGAGAUUGGAGCAGCAAGGUGCACAGCCCAGGGUUAUAAGUUUCUGGAAGUGGGAGUGCAGCCUGCUUGGACACACACUGACACAUCCUCGCUGCCUGCCUGCCUGCCUGCCUGCCUGCCUGCCUGCCUGACUGACUUGACUGACUCACUCACUCACUCCACUGCUACUCACUCCCUUCCUCUCUGUCCUGCUCCUUUGCUCCUUCCCUCCUACUUUCUGCCCUGGAGAGCGAGAGCACACAGAUUGUGGAAGGUGCUCCUCAGACCUGCGUCCGGACAGCUUGAAGGCAGCACAGAGAGGAUUUUUUCCCCUCUUCUACGAUUUCCAGCUUGACUUUCAACAUCUCUGCCAAAAACACUGGACCGUUUCGGGGUGCCAGCUCUUUGCCUUGGAGGACACCACUCCUCUUUUUUUGGCUGAAUGUUCACCGAAUGUCUGAUGCCAUCGCAUCCUAUGGGAGACAUGCGUGGCUGAAGCCAGGAGGGAGGUAGAAGAGAGACCCACCUGCAGCUCACACCUACAGCUUCCCUCACUGAGUGCAUUCCUCUGCCCCUCGACACUGUAAAGAGAGAAAGUUCUUUUGUUUUUGACACCUGAAGCCCAGGAUGCUGGUGACCAUGUUUUUGACUUCUGUUUUCGUGCUACUGAUGCUGGGUGAGUGUGCCCUGGCAGGAGGAUACCCCCCUAUGCCCCACAUGAAGUACAUGCAGCCCAUGAUGAAAGGGCCCAUAGGACCCCCAUUCCGAGAGGGCAAGGGACAUUAUGUUGAUAUGCCACCCAUGAUGGAAGUGAAGGGGGAACCAGGCCCUCAAGGAAAACCCGGACCAAGGGGUCCACCUGGGCCACCAGGGCCUCAAGGAAAACCCGGACUUGGGAAGCCAGGUCUCAAUGGCCAGGUCGGACCUCCAGGGCCUCCUGGCUUUCCAGGAUUAGGUAAACCUGGACUUUCAGGUCUUCCAGGAAAGAUUGGACCAAAUGGUAUGCCAGGGUUAACUGGUGAGGUUGGACCUCGGGGUGAACCUGGCCCUAGAGGUCCUCCAGGGCAACCUGGCCUUCCUGGACCAGCUGGCCUGUCUCUAAAUGGCAAACCAGGACUCCCAGGUAUAAGAGGCCCCCCUGGGGCACGAGGAGAACCUGGACUAAAGGGUAUUCCAGGCCUAAAAGGUGAAAAUGGGAUUAAGGGUGAGAACGGUAUUGGCAAACCAGGGCCUCCAGGUAUUAGAGGACCUCCUGGGCUCAAAGGCAAUAGUGGACUACCUGGUGUACCAGGUAUAGGAAAAACAGGACCAAAAGGUUUGCCUGGAAUGCCUGGUGUUAAAGGAGAUCAAGGACUUCCUGGGAAUCGAGGAGAGCCAGGAGAGGCAGGAGUCCCUGGGCCACAAGGUCUUCCAGGUUCAGUUGGAAUAGGUAAGCCUGGAGUGGAUGGACUGCCAGGAGCACCAGGUCCAAUUGGACCAAAAGGUGAAUUAGGAUCGAGGGGACCGCCUGGGUUUCCUGGGCCCCCUGGCUAUGGAAAGCCUGGUCUGGGUGGACCAAAAGGAGAAAAGGGCAAUGGUGGGUUGCCUGGGCUACAAGGAGACAAAGGAGAGCAAGGAAUGAUGGGCCCAGUUGGAGAGGCAGGUCUUGAUGGACAACCAGGGCCUCCAGGACUUCAAGGACCAAUGGGACAUCCAGGUAAACAUGGGAUGCCUGGACAGAAGGGAGACCUGGGGCCACAGGGCCCUCCAGGACUUCCUGGCCUCAGAGGUGACCAAGGACCAAGUGGAACCCCUGGAAAACCUGGCAUUUCUGGCGAAAAGGGUUUCCCUGGGCUUAAUGGAGCACUUGGAAAACCUGGCCCUAAGGGAGAAGCAGGACAUAUUGGCCUGCCGGGUAAUCCAGGACUGACUGGGGCUCCAGGACCUAAAGGUGAAGCAGGGUUCAUUGGGCCUCCAGGCCCCAGAGGACAGUCUGGCACUCCUGGCCCUCAAGGCCCCAUUGGUCCCAUGGGGCCCCAGGGUGCUCCAGGGCUGAAGGGCGAAACUGGGCUACCUGGGCUUCCAGGAUUAGGAAAGCUGGGAGAGAAGGGAACUAUAGGUCCCCAAGGUCCUCCAGGAAAACCUGGCCCGUCUGGGCUUAAUGGUCCUCCUGGCCCUCCUGGGCCACCGGGACCACCUGGGCCCUCAGGAAAUGGUCAAACAGUGGUUGCGGGGGCAACAGAUUCACAGUUGGAAGGAGGUGAAAUACCACCGGACAGGAAAGGGUCAGUGUACAGCCAAGUUCCUCUCUCCGCCUCUGUGGCACCCGCCUUCACGGCCAUCCUCACAACACCAUUCCCUCCCUCUGGCAUGCCAAUCAAAUUUGACAGGACCCUGUACAACGGGCAGAAUGCGUACAGUCCAGCUACUGGAAUGUUCACUGCUCCCUUAUCUGGCGUCUACUACUUUGCAUACCAUAUGCAUGUAAAGGGAACUAGCCUAUGGGUGGCACUCUACAAGAACAAUGUUCCAGCCACCUACACGUAUGAUGAAUACAAAAAGGGCUACAUGGACCAGGCAUCUGGCAGUGCUGUUCUGGAGCUGAAGGAAGGUGACCAGGUCUGGGUACAGAUGCCUUCAGAUCAGGCAAACGGCCUCUAUUCAACAGAGUACAUCCACUCUUCCUUUUCAGGGUUCCUUCUCUGUCCCACAUAACCUCCUCCAUCACCAGCGUCCAUAAAUAUCUCGAUAUCAUCGACAAGAUUAACUUUGUGAAUGAAAUGAAGAGUUUAAAUAGCAGGGGAUGAAAUGAAAUACUGUGCUCUUUGUUUUUGUGUCCUUCAAGUGUGUGUGUUUCACAUUGGUGUUUUUUUUUUCUAGCUUAUAUUAUUGUAAUUACGACAUUGUCGUAAAUGUCCUGUUUGUAUUUGGUCCUCGUCAUCAUUAUAGUUGCUGUACGUUUUCUUCUGACGAUAAAGUGCCUUACAUCGUAAUGUGCUAGUACCAGACCAGCUUUGACUGCACAUCCAGCCCACAGUGUUUUGACAUCACUAGGACAACAUAACCAAACCCUGGGGGUGAUGUGUUAUUCUGGCCAUAAUCCCACCCUGUCAUUAUUUAAAUUGCAUAUACUGAGACAUUUUUGACCAGCAAUUAAAAAGAAUGAAGAGGGUUUUUUUUUUCUUGAAAUACUAUCAAUCUUCUGUAUCUUUCUAAAUUUACUAUCUGACUGUUAAAAUGAUGGAUGUUGGUAUUUCCUACAAUCAACCAAACUCAAUCAAACACACAAAAAUAAAACGUCAGGCGGAGACAAAGAGUUUCCAUUUCCUCUCUACACCGUUGUGUGAAAAUUAUCUGGUUUAUUGUUAAGCUUAAUAGAUCAUCUGGCUCAAAGGGCGGGAGGUUUUAGAAGUGGUUAACGUCAAAGUAAACAGCUGAAAAUGAGAUUCAGCGAGCAUUUACUCCAUGAAUAAGUAAAAGAGACUUGAGCGAUGCCCACGGGUUGCAAAAUACUGGUUGCGUAACUUUCAACAAAUGCCUACCAGUUUUCUGGGUGAGGUGGUAGGCUAGAGGUGAGAGCUUUGUAUUAACUCAUUUCUGGUGGAUAAGUCAUUAACAAUACAAGUGUGUGUGUGUGUGCCUGUGAAUGUAUGUGUUCUUAAAGGUGUACCUUUUGCUCUGUCACUGUGUAAAUAUGUGUGUGAGCAUGCAUGUGUAUGGCAAUGGUUACACCUUAUGCCCCUGGCAUUCAGGUCUUGAAGGCUUCAACGUAAAAACACAAAUAAACUUGAAUAAACUGACAAAACGUUGGCAAGAGCUCACAGCCCAUUUUUGUUCCAGAAGAAACUGGAGAAAAAAUACCUGCCGAUCUAAUGGUUCUUUAGAAAAGCGAGAAAAAAUGUGGUCACGUGUCAUGGAUGGUUUACAGGAGACAUAAAUGACAGGAUAUGAUUCAGAGAAUGCAGUAGGAAGAUAACAUUUCUGAUAACACUGAAUGGGCUAUUUUAUGUAGACUGUCGCUCCAAUGAGAGGUAUAAUGGUGUGCAAUAAUUCUGUGUCCGACUACGUCAUGACCAAAGAGAAGUACAGUAUACCAGAUGUUUAUUUUUAUGGUCAGGGUUCAUCAAAACAAUUGGAAAACAUGGCUUUAAGGAUAAGCAAAAAAAUCUAGAUCUUCUCAAACACCAUCAUUACACAUGAUUAUGACUACCUUAUUCCCUGAGGAGGAAUGUCAGUGUACACUUUAACGGUCCUAAACUGAGCUUAGCCUUAAGAAUGAAUGUCUACUGUUUGAGUGGUUUUGUUUUGUUGUUUCUCCAAAACAUGUUGUGUCCCUAUACAUAACAGUAAGUUGAUCUAGAAGGGCACUGCUCGGAGAAGGCCAAAUCAGUAUUUUAUGUAUAGGUAUAUAAUACAAUACUGCACUUGCAAAACUCUUUUCAUCUGAUAAUGUACCACAUACACCCAAAAAUGCUUUAUAUCAUUUUUGUUAGCUCUACACAGCGGUCCAUGGCUAGUUAUGUACUGUAUGUUGCCUUUUUGUCACUUUCUUUUUAAUUUUAUGAUUUAUGGUGAUGUAAGUUACAUGUGGCUAAUACUUAAUGUCCUUUUUUUUUUUAAAUUUUGACGUAUAAGACAAUGUCACUUGCUUGCGUAGUUUGCCCAGGUAUGCAAAACAUUAAGUGAAGUGUCAGUAAAAUUCAUGUAUCGUCUCAGUCAUCACAUUGCUUCUUUGUGUUUUGUUUAACUUUAUAAAAAUUAAGUAAAAAAAUGGAAAUAAAACAAAAAAUAAUAAAAAUAAAAAUAGCCUUGCUUCGGUUUUUAAGGGAUGUUUGUUUGUCUUAGCUUAGUAAUAAUAAUACAAACGGUAAUUCCCAUUUGCACAUGAAAUUUAUGAAGAUGUAUUUAUACAUUUAUGAUAAUUUAAUAGGGAUACAAAAACCGACUACCGAAGCCUAGAACGUAUAAAUGGUAUUUAACAGCAUUGAGUUAAGAGCCUUUAAUAUUUUCUAGUUAGCAUUUUAGUGUUGUUUGUGAAGGAUUUUUAUUUGUGGACUUGUUUUAUAAAAUGCACUCUUUUUGAUGGAAAAUGUUUGUCUGCUUAUAUAAAUUCUACAGUACUUGAUUGUAUUGAUACCACAUCAAUAAAACUUUUCUUGUACGAUGGAGUCCGUCUAUCAUUUCUGUCCGCUACAGUACAGUACAUGGCAAUUUUAGUAAUAAUAUUUACAGCAAUUUUUGGUUCAAGAUUGAAUGUGACGAACGACCACAUAAUGUGUUGCAAGUCGAGAGAAUAGACACUAGAGGGAGAUAUUUAAUUACAGAGUCGCUGACCAAUUCUUGUCUGAGUUGCCGUAAUGUUUACAUCAAAAACAGCGUUUGUCCUACCAAAUUCAAGUUACAUCAGAUGUCAGUUCGUUAGUUAUUUUAUUUAAAAAAUAUAUUUACAUACUUUGACAUCACUUAAUUGUCUGGUUUUUUUUUCAGUUUCUGGUGUUGUGGUAUAAACAGUACACAUAAAUAUUUGCAGUGUUUUAGUGUUGUUCAAAGGUUACUAGGUAAACCAUGACAAAGAUUCAUUCUUUCCUAAGGAUAGUCAUUCUUCUGCUUGAUCAGAAUAAGAUAGCUUAUACAAUUCGCUUUGAUUCUUCUUUUUCAAGCUUUACCACGUAAACGCUCCACGUUCUAUGAGUUGCAUUACCGCCACCGUCUGGGUAAAUACUCAUAUUCAGAGACCAGCCUGACAAAAAAGGAGAGAAAGUAACGUGUCAUCAACUUUGGUCGCCUUGAAAGAAGUCACAUUUCCGAGGCAUGAGGGUGUCGACAAACCUAGGAGGCUCCUCCUCGACAACAGAUCUCGACUUCCGACGAGAAGCUGCCACAUUGAAGAGGAACAAAACGGCGACCUGACAGCAGUUUCUGCUCUCCCUCCACUUUCUUCGGGUAGUCACGGGAUUUCAAUGUUCAGCCUGCACUUUGGUUUCAGUGUUGACUUGAGCCGUACCUAUAUGGCGUGUGUGAGUGGAGAAUUUUGCCAGGCACAGCACCUCACCUCAUUGGAGAAGUGAAUCGGCCGCCCCCCAAGGGACUACGCUACCCAGAAACCCCCCUGACUGCCAGCACACUAGAAACUGCAGACUUCUCCAAAAGCCUCCUGGGAAAUUGCGUAGUCCUUGGCCAGACUGCCCUGCCCUGCCCC